AUGGAAGUAGACCAAUUCGUUGUCGUCCUUUGGGUCGAUACCCCUACUGAAGAGAUCCGCUCCAGCAACGUGAAGCCAUUGUCGGAUAACGGAAAACGGCCAGUCUGCAAUACUUCAAACAGUCCUAUUGCGAGCGGGACUGACCGCGAGGCGGCUGCGAUCGCAAUUUUAGAAGACGUAAUUGACCGUUACAACCCUCACACCGUUACCAACAAUGAUGCUGCUUCUAAUUCGGGAACUCAUCAAAAAAAAAAUGAAAUGUGUUCUGGCCUCGUUACCCUAAGUAGAAGAAACCGAAUUAUGGGCAGUUCGAAAUCUGAAUGUAAAAGAGAUGAUACGAGAAUGAACAGUGGCGGCACAUGGCCUCGAUGUCGCGCUGGAUCUCCUUUCGUUUCCGGAGAAUAUUUAGAAGGAGCUAAUACGUUAUUUCAUAGUUAUAAAUACCCACGUGCCAGGCUACCACUCUCCGUGUUUAUUGAUGCUUCCAAAACUUCCAAAGAUGAGGUGGCAGUUGACGACACGACCGAUGAUGACAAAGAUUCUGGCCAAACAGCUCCCAGUGGUGACUACAGGACGUAUGGGGACAGAACUAGCAUGAAAACUGUUGAUCCACCAUCUGAUGGAAGCAUAGACCUGUCCGUGCAAUCUGGCAACUUAGGCAAAGAGGAUUUAGGUAGAUACUUGAAAAAAAAAGGAAACGCUGGUUGCGGAACAACGUGCAAAGCCGAUGCGGACACCGAAGUUUGUCGGAAUGGACAAUUAGCCCCGGCGUCUGGGGCCCAGACUCUUACAACCGUUGCCAGUGGCUUGUCUGGAGGAGGACCUGUUCAUGUUCACGCAGCAUUGCCUUCUACGCUUCCAACGCAUCUACGCAUACAGUCUCAACUUUAUCCAACAGCGCUACAUUCUUCUCUAAAAUAUAAAGUGUCUCCUCACGUCGGGCAUAUGCAUAGCCAUCAACACAACUUGUCUCCGCCCCGUUAUUCCUCGCCGCCUCCACUACCUCGGCAACCAACGGAGAGCCCAUACGAUUUUCCUUUGGGAGGACCACACAGCCUUCUUUCCAACAAAUCGUACAGCCACACCCAGUCUCCAUCGAUUGAUUCGACGUAUUCGAGGACGCACAAGCACAGCCAUAACCAUUCCUCUGUCCCUGUACCGUUUGGAUAUGAAUCGAAUCGAGGGAGCCAUACAGAAUAUGUACAGCUUCCUUAUUCUGAUAGCAUUGGCACAGUUAAGAAAGAGCCAGCUAGAAUACGAAUUCCCUCGAAUCCAAGUGUGACGAGCAGAAACAGCAUUGGAAGAAUGUCAACCAGCAGCGUCGAACGUCUUUCCGAGCAUGGAAGCCCGAUGCCUAAUUUUCAUGUCGAAAUCCUAAGUCCAGGUCGACCAGGUACUGGCGUGGGUAGCCGGUCGUCAAUCGAGGAAUAUUCUUGGGCAACUGGUACCGGUAACAAAUUUAAGCCGGCACCGGAUGAGCUACGCAGAGUGUAUAUUGAAAAAUCUUCGGAACCAUUAGGCAUUCAAAUAUUUUGCCGCAAUUCUGGUGGAGUUUUCGUUUCAUCUGUGCAUCAGUCUAGUUUGGCAGCACAAGUUGGUUUGCAAGUUGGCGAUCAGCUGCUAGAAGUUUGUGGCAUCAACAUGCGCAGCGCCACAUAUCAACUUGCUGCCUGUGUUCUACAUCAAUGUGGGGAUUCCAUAACGAUGCUGGUUCAGUACAAUCCUACCAAGUACCAGGAGUUGCAAGAAAUGAAUGGAAUGGGCUUAAUGGGACCGCCAUCAAUGACCAGUUCGAGCAGCGAAUGUGACGGAAAUGGUGGAGGGUCGCACCAGCGAUCCAAAUCGCGUUCAGGAUCACCUACACCAUGCAAUUCCCCCCGGCAUUCGCGAGAUCACAGCAACAACAGUGGUAAUGGAAGCAGUUCGAAAGCUGACGUUAUUGAUCCAGUUUCAGCGUCUUUAAGGAACACCUUACAAUUCGAUCGGUUGAUCGAUCGUGGAAGUGAAUCUCGCUCUUCAAUUGUUCGACCUCCUUCCAUUCACGGCACCCUUACACGUCACCAUGCUCUAGCCACUUUAAAAAGGCCAACCUCAGUAAUCAUUCCGGCUACUGUAGUUGACGAAAAUGGCGGUAACUGUCGGGAUCGUGACAGGGAACCGCGCCUUGUUCAUCUUGAGAUGAAAAAGCACAGUCUUGGGAUCAGCUUGGUUGGUGGGAACGCUGUGGGAAUUUUCAUCCAUGCCGUCCAAAAUGAUUCACCAGCUUUUAAGGCUGGUUUGCGUUGUGGUGACCGGAUUCUUGAGUUCAACAGCGUUAACCUACGAGAUUCAACGGCUGAACAAGCGGCGUACGAGCUAGCGAAACCCACGGAAAAGGUGACGCUGGUUGUUCAACAUGACAUGGAGCGCUAUCGGGAAAUCGCUGAACAGCCUGGCGAUAGCUUCUACGUUCGAGCACAGUUUGAUAAAAUGGCUUUCGAUAGUCACGAACAAAUGGAACUGUGUUUCCGCCGUGAUGAUAUAUUGCAUAUUGACAAUACCAUGUUUAAUGGUGUUCCAGGAUUGUGGAGAGCAUGGCUAGUUGAUAAUGAAGGUCGCAAAAUUCGAUGUGGUGUUAUACCGUCAAAGUAUAAAAUUGAAGAAGAACUUCUACAGCGAUCGAGCUUGGCUGAUUUGGAUCACGAAUCACGGCGUUCAUCAACGUCAGCGCGACGCAGUUUUUUUAGGAGGAGGAAGCACACUCGUAGCUCAUCCCGAGAUUCAAAGGAGAUUGCAAGUUUUUCCGACGCAAGCCUACAGCUUGGAUCUUCAGAGGGUUUAGGCCUCUCUUCUAUCUACGUCCAGGAAACCGUUCCUCCGCGUCCUGUUUCAUAUGCUCAAGUUGAAAGAUAUGAUUGCAAAGAAAUACGCCCCGUUAUAAUAGUAGGGCCACUCUCGGACUAUGUAGUUGACAAACUCGUCCAAGAAUUUCCGCGAAAAUUCGUUCGCGUAAUGCCAGAGCUAAUGCCUUACCCUGAAUCGUACAUGGAGAAAAACCUGGAUGAAAAUAAUUUUAUUGAGUAUCGACGAAAAGGAACGCAUUAUGAAUGCAUUACCGUAUCUGCAGUUCAAAGUGUUGGCGAAAAGAACUUGCAUGGCGUAUUGGACGUUUCUUUAAAUGCCGUGUCGCGAUUGCAUAACCGACAUUGUUUCCCGAUUAUUAUUCUUUUGAAGUUCAAGUCAGUUAAACAUGUCCGUGAGGUCAAAGACACUCGCGUGCCAUCCGACAAAACGGCAGCUAAAGCAGCUAAAGAAAUGUAUGAGCAUGUCAUCAAAGUGGAAGCUGAGCAUCGUCAUCUCAUAUCAGCCGUAAUACCAGCAGGUGGCAAUUUGGCGUGUUUAUGUACGCAAGUAUCUGCAGUAGUCGAACAGGAACAAACAAAAAUUCUGUGGGUGCCUCGUGGUUCAAUCUGGUGAAUUACUGUACAGCAUUUCAAUUUGUGAUGGGCAGCUUUCUCGGUUACUUACCGAUUUUUAACGUUGUUAUGCCUCUUGCGGGUUGACCUUCUUUCUUUGUACUUUUAAAGCCAUUUUUAUUGUGUGAAUUAUUUACCGACUUUUUCGCAUUUGAGUUAGAUUCACCAAGCGCAUGUACAUUGUGUCGAUUAUAUAUUGGACAAUACAUUCAAGCAAUACUG